AUGGCUCCCCCAAGUACUGCUGCUCUGAGUGCCUACCGCCAAGUGCUGCGCUCAACCAGAAUUGCGUUCCAUAAUGACCACCGUGUGUUCCUCGCUGCUCGCCAGGAAGCCCGUCGCAAUUUCGAUGAAAAUCGUCGUGUAGGUAUCGACAAUGGUAUGCAGAUCAACCAUGCGAUCGAGGUUGCCAAUAUCCUACGCCACAAUAUAGUUCAGGGUGCCCGGGAAGCAGAAAAUGAAACUGCAAAGUGGGAACUCAACAUCCACGACCAGAUCGAGCGUGGCGACAACGACUCGAUUAAAGUGGAUGGCAAGGACGUCAAAAUUCACAAGUCUUGUUCGUCGUGA